UGGAACUGGGCUCGCUGGAAGGGGAGGCAGCGCGUUAAAUCCGCCCCCUCCCCACAGCCUACUUCGGGCGGGUGGAGAUAGCCGAGAGGUUGAGCGUCGGCAAGGGGGCCCCUCCCUUGCUCCUCCCCCCACCGGACUUGGUCGCGCCCAAAGUGUAACACUUUCUCUUUGUCGAGGAGCUCCUCUGUUUCCUGUGCAGUAGCUCCCAUUGCGGCGGCACCCGUGGCAGCCCUGGCGGACGCAGGACCGAUGGCAGCGACCGAUAUAGCUCGCCAGGUGGGUGAAGGUUGCCGAACUGUCCCCCUGGCUGGACAUGUAGGGUUUGACAGCUUGCCUGACCAGCUGGUGAAUAAGUCAGUGAGCCAAGGCUUUUGCUUCAACAUCUUGUGUGUGGGAGAGACAGGUUUGGGCAAGUCCACCCUCAUGGAUACCCUGUUCAACACCAAGUUCGAGGGGGAGCCAGCCACCCACACCCAGCCAGGUGUCCAACUCCGGUCCAAUACCUAUGACCUUCAAGAGAGCAACGUGGGGCUGAAGCUCACGAUUGUUAGCACAGUGGGCUUUGGGGACCAGAUCAAUAAGGAAGACAGCUACAAGCCCAUCGUAGAAUUCAUCGAUGCACAGUUUGAGGCCUAUUUGCAGGAGGAGCUGAAGAUCCGAAGGGUGCUGCACACCUACCAUGACUCCAGAAUCCAUGCCUGCUUGUACUUCAUUGCCCCCACAGGGCAUUCCCUGAAGUCUCUAGACCUAGUGACGAUGAAGAAACUGGACAGUAAGGUGAACAUCAUCCCCAUAAUUGCCAAAUCAGAUGCUAUUUCUAAGAGCGAGCUAACAAAGUUCAAAAUCAAAAUCACCAGUGAACUUGUCAGCAACGGGGUCCAGAUCUAUCAGUUCCCCACAGAUGAUGAGUCGGUGGCAGAGAUCAACGGAACCAUGAACGCCCACCUGCCAUUUGCUGUCGUUGGAAGUACAGAAGAGCUCAAGAUAGGCAACAAGAUGAUGAAGGCACGGCAGUAUCCUUGGGGCACCGUGCAGGUUGAAAACGAGGCCCACUGCGACUUUGUGAAGCUGCGUGAGAUGCUGAUUCGGGUCAACAUGGAGGAUCUUCGGGAGCAGACCCACACCCGGCACUAUGAGCUGUACCGCCGCUGUAAGCUGGAGGAGAUGGGCUUCAAGGACACUGACCCUGACAGCAAACCCUUCAGUUUACAGGAGACGUAUGAGGCCAAAAGAAAUGAGUUCCUAGGGGAGUUGCAGAAAAAAGAAGAGGAGAUGAGACAGAUGUUUGUCCAGAGAGUCAAAGAGAAAGAAGCGGAGCUUAAAGAAGCAGAAAAAGAGCUGCACGAGAAGUUCGACUGUCUAAAGAAACUGCACCAGGAUGAGAAGAAAAAGCUGGAGGACAAGAAAAAGUCUCUGGACGACGAAAUGAACGCUUUCAAACAGAGAAAGACAGCGGCUGAGCUCCUCCAGUCUCAGGGUUCCCAGGCUGGAGGCUCACAGACUCUGAAGAGAGACAAAGAGAAGAAAAAUUAAUUCUGCUGUUUGCUGCAUGCUGCAUGAAACCCAGGGUCCUGUUUGGGCUUCCUGUAGACGUACCCUUUCCUGUGCAACAGAGCUGGGCCCCCCUUUCCCUAAUUCCCCCUUAACCUGUCCAGAGGAGCAUAUAAUCCCUUCCUUCCACUCUUUUCUGGCAAACAUUUACAGAAUCCUGAGAGUCAAAGGAUGCUGUCUGGCCUCCAAUCAAGAAGCCAGCAGUCCCACAGCUUAGAGAUGCAGCCCAUAAUUGGGUCCCCCUCCUAGUGCCCCUCCUCACCCCCACCCUUACCGGACUGUAACAUGUCACUGCUCCUCCUCACCAUCAGCUUCCCAAUUCAAACUCUGACUGCUGCUUGUUUCCCUGAGAUAUCUGCAUCCACCCUGGCUGGAUAAGCACCCGUGAGCAUGGCUGUCCCCUCAGUCUCCUGCCUCCAAGAUGUGUCCUCCCUGCCCUCUCUCCUCUUCCUAGGAACCUACAGCCCCUUCUCUGAGGGCUCUGAAAGUAUGCCUUUUCCUUCUGGCCACUUAGUUCAGCCCUUUCCAGUUUUCAUUCACUCAGGGUAACCAUACUACAGCUGUGUUAAAAGUCAGUAACAAGUUUAUUUAUACCAAGCUCUUAUCAUAAAACACCACUGCAGGAACAAAUAGCAUACACUCCCCCCCCUUAUCCCUGGGUAGCCUACAGAUGCAGAAGGCAGAAUAAACCUGAAUACUGUUAACAGCCUAGAGUCUUGAGUGAUAAACUUACAGAAUCUUGAGGGGUUUCAGCAUUUUCCGGGGGUUCCCACCAUGCUAACGAGGUGGGGCCAUAUUGACUGGUCAAAGAAUCCAGUGCUUGUGAUUUGCAGGGAUGAGUCUUCCGGUCUAUUGGGUGACUGUGAUAAUGAUUUUAAUAGGCAUUGUGCAUGUGUUCCCAACAAGAGGUGUGACUAUCAAUUAGAGGGAAAAAAAGAGAUGGUAGGCCUUGUGAGGUCUUCAACCUUCUCUCUAGUCUAUGGGUUUGAGAUUUUAAAAAUAUGCCAUCCCUAAUUUUUCUAAUGGGUUCCCUAGGAGAGUGGCUUUGGGAGCUCCUUUGAAGUAGAAAGCCUUCAUUGUCAGGGCCCUGAGGCACAAUGGCCUUUGGCAUUUGGCCAGCGAGAGUGAGGCUGGAGGCGACCUGGCAAUGAUCUGUGGCUAAUAGCCGUCUCUCUGCCCUUC